AUGCACAUGGCGAAUAACAGGAUACUCGUGGACGCGCAAGAAAAAAAGUUACAAACGUUGCAACAAACACUCGGCGAAAGAAUUGAAAAAGGAACGCUCGACAGACAUAUGGCCGUCGUCGAUGUUACUAACACAGCAUCGAAUCUGAAAACUAAUAUUGCCUUACACAACAGACAGUUGCUUAUUCUGCAGACCGCUGUGAAAGAGUUGAUAGCAGCGUUGCAAUAUAACAAUAAGCAUGGAGAACAUCCUCGAUUACAAGAAGUUCUCGAUCUUUUAAAACCUGAAUUAAAAAAAAAGAGGACGAUGAGCGUCGAGAAACGAAGACUCGUGGAGGAGCUGCACGCCCCGACGCGGAAGAACUUUCCACGACGACGUGUCAUAGUGCGAGGAUACGACGAUCUGUGGCAGGCUGAUGUGGUGGAAAUGCGACCGUACUCGCGAUUCAAUAAGAGUCACAAUUACAUACUGACAGUCAUCGAUGUAUUAAGCAAAUACGCGUGGGCUUUGCCGCUCAAGAGCAAGGGUGGAAAGGAAGUGGCCGCGACCCUCUCUAAACUUUUUCGCGAGAGCGCGCGAUGUCCGAAGAAUUUGCAAACGGACAAGGGGAAGGAGUUCUACAACGCUGACGUGCAAGAAGCCUCGGUAGUGGAACGAUUCAAUCGCACGCUCAAGAACAUGUGGAAAAUGUUUACACUCAACGGAUCAUACGUAUGGAUCAACGAACUGUCAAAUCUGUUGUCGAGGUACAAUCGUCGCAUACAUCGAACGAUCCGUAUGCGACCUGUAGACGUGACACCUGAGGCUGCUGAGAGACUCUUGUCAACGGUGUACAGUCGAACGAAGAUAGCCGCUCCAGGAAGAUUCAAGAUCGAUGACGCGGUACGCGUGAGCAAAGUCAAAACGAUAUUCGAAAAAGAGUACACACCCAACUGGACUACAGAAAUAUUUCGCAUCGCCAAAGUACAACAGACUAAUCCUGUGACGUGUCUAUUGAAAGAUUAUCGCGGACAACCAAUAGCUGGGGGUUUCUACGAGCACGAAUUGUCACGAGUCGCCAAUCCCGACGUUUAUCUACUGGAAAAGGUUCUACGUAGAAAGGGUAAUGAGGUAUACGUAAAGUGGCUAGGAAUGGAUAAUUCACACAAUUCAUGGAUACACAAAACAGAUGUAUUAUAA